UGGACUGUUUACUAUGCAGUUGUAUCAUUGUGAAACCUGUUAAGAUUCUUCGUUGGCAAACGGUACUUCCUUGAUAAUAUAUUCUAUACGAUACGGCUCGGUAUUACCAUCAGUUGUGUCGCUACAAGAACAGUGUCAUCGCUCUUUAAAAUGAAUAUGUUAUAUUGCUUUUUUUGCAUUAUGCUACUUCCAAUUCUAACAAUUUAUGGUGACGAAAUCUCAGAGUGCAAAUGUAAAGACGGAUUUUCUGCAGUCAAAGACGAGCAUGGGAAUGUAUAUUGCCAAGGAGUCGUACUAAAGUCCAUACUGCCCUGCAACAUUGUAUUUAAACCGGACUGUGUCUGCAGUGUUGAAGCUACCAGUGUAGUUCAAGAUUCGUCAGGUACUUGGUGUGGUCGAUUUAUUGACGGAAAAGAAGACAGAAGGUGGGAAUGUGAAAAUAAAGCAGAAUGGGAAACUUUUUACCAGGAACAUCCAGAGGAAAAACCAAAGCAAAAUAAAAACUAGGCUAUGCUUGCUUUGAAAUUUGUUAUGAUAUUUUUUACAUAUUUAUUAAAUAGUGUUAAAUUUUU